GCAUCUGUGGAAGGAAGCGUGGUCUGCAUCUGUGGAAGGAAGCACAGCUACAGUCUCGCUUACACGGAAUAUUAAUUACAGGCAGUCAGGAUGUUUGGAGCAGUGGUGGUUGGCAUCGGCACAGCAGGUUGUGUGAGGAUCAGAGACAUUUUAGCUCCACUGCCUGAUAGUCCUGCAGAGAAACUCACUGUCAGAGGAUUCAUAUCCAGGAGAAGCCUGGACAGUCAGCAGGGGGUGAGCCAGAUCUCAGUAGAAGAGGCUGUGAACACAGAAGACAUUCAUGUGGCAUUCAUCUGCACUGAGAAUCUGUCACAUGAGGAUAACAUCAGAACCUUUCUGCAGGCAGGGAAACAUGUCUGUGUGGAGUAUCCCAUGGCUAUGAACUACAAGGCUGCUGUCGAGCUUUGGGAUUUGGCCCAGGAAAAAGGAGUGAUUCUUCAUGAAGAACACAUAGAGCUGCUGACAGAAGACUACAAACAACUGAAGAAAGAGGUGGAGGGAAAAAUGUUGAAGGAAGGAACUCUUCAUUUCACAGGUGGAGCUCUGAAGCCUGGGUUUGGUUCAUUAGCAUUCAGUGGCAUUGCUCGCCUCACCUGGUUAGUGGAGUUGUUUGGUGAACUCUCAGUAACUGCAGCAACCAUAGAGGAGGACUCUGGUAUCAACUUCUGCAAGAUGACUGCAAAGCUGCUUACUGCUGACAACAAACCUCUUACAUGGAUCGAGGAACGGAGACCUGGUCUCCCCAGGACCAAGAACAUCAACUUUCACUUUGGCUCAUGCACUCUGACCCAGAUCCCUCCGGCACCCAGAGGGGCUGUGGGCCUCUUCAUGCAGGACCUGAUCCACUUUUCCUCCAAGUUGGUGGGCCAAGUGAGUGCAGAGGAGCUGAAGAGAGAGAAAAUCAGGAUCCUACACUGCUUGGAACUGACAGAUAGGAUACAAAAACUUUGCCAAAGAUAAAUGAGUAGUCUACAAUUUAUAAAAGUCAUCAUAAAUCUUGAUCUCAUUCAAACAUGAAUUUUGUAUGUAUUUUUUUUUAUUUAUCACCAUGCCAUUAAGUUUCUGUAUUAUGAGUCAGGUUAUUUAUUCAUCACUCCUGUGACUAUUAGUGUUUAAAAGCUGAGUCAUUGAACUGAAUAAAACAUUUUAACAUGUUCAGCACAUAUUUAUACACAGGUGCCUGAAAGUAGACUAAUGUGACUUUUGGAAAUGACAUACAGAGCAGGUAUCCAGCAUCCAGCAGAUAUUUAGGUUACAGCUAUCAUCACACUUAUCAUACUCUCUCAUUUUUCCAUGUGUUGUUUUUAUUUCAUGAAUGUACAAAAAAGAGGGGGGGGGGAGAAUUCACAAAAAAAAGUCAUAACUGUUUAUCUUAAGAUUCACAAAACCCCCUUGAAUCCUUGUAAGAAGUUCAGUAGUCUCAGGUUCUGGUCACAGAGUUUGUUUUGUUGACCAUUAUAUAACAUAGUUUUAUGUCCCCAUAUUAUAUGUCAUAUAAAAGAACCUAGAUGUAGAUAAAUAGAUAUAAUACAUAGUUUUGUCUACUUUAGGUAAUAUUAUUCAGAGACAUAUCUAUACCAAACAUAAACAUAACAUAAAUAUCUUAUCCUCAUCCUGUAUAUCCUUCUCCUCACCCACAAAGCCCUUAAUGGUUCAUAGUAUCUCUAAAAGUAGAAUGGGAGGCAGAGCCUUCAGUUAUCAGGCUCCUCUCCUGUGGAACCAUCUUCCAGAUUCGGUCCGGAGGGCAGACACCCUCUCUACAUUUAAGAGUAGGCUUAAAACCUUCCUUUUUGAUAAAACCGGCCAGGCUUGCCCUAAACCAGCUCCUAGUUAUGUUGCCAUAGGCUUAGACUGCUGGGGGACUUCACUUGAUGCACUGAGUCCUUUCUUACUCCUCCAUCUCCAAUCUGUAGGCACUAAUGCACUAACUAACUAAUCCAUGUUACUAACAUGUUUUCUUCCCGGGAGUUUUUGUGCUCUCUUGUCUCACAGGUUCCUUUGGAUCAGGGUCAUGGUCCCCCUAGUUAUGGACAGUGGGCUGUUGUUGUUGUUGUUGUUGUUGUUAUUGUGGUGAUGUGUGUGUGUGUCUCUCUCUCCCUACUUCUUCCUCUCU